CCCCAACUCAUGCUUUAAAGGCCUCUUAGAGUGCAAAAACAAGUCGUUUUCAAAUAUCCAAAGAGAAAACAACUUUCAAACUUUCAACGCCGUCGCCCACGGUUUUCUGCCUACGUAACCCACGCCACAACAUCACCACCAGAACCAGAGCUACCAUGGCGCGGCGGGUCGCGGCGGGCAAGCCCAGCCUUAGCGACGUCGUGUUGGCCGACGAAGAUCAGAUUCUGAUCACCAAUCAGAUUCGAGCCCAAUUCGAUUCCAUCGCACCCAAGCGUCCCACGAAACCGAGCAGAAGCGAACCCGAUUCGUCCCCACAAAACCCACCUCAAGAGAUCGCCUCACAACAGGCCAUUCCCGAGCUCAACAAGCUCCUAAAUCUCCAGUCCCAGUCUCAUUUACAGGGUUUGCACUUGGGGGAGGGGGAUUCGUUGCUGGUGCAGGAGGAGUAUGUGGAGACGCAGUAUUACAAGGAGUUGGAUUCAGUCGAGAAACGGCAUCACAAGCUGGAAGCAGACGGGGGAGUGGGUUCAUACAGGUGGGGAUUGAAGGAGGAGAAAAUGAAAGUAUUGAAACUGGAUUUAUUGAUGGUGCAAAUGGGAGAGUUCAUUUUCAUGGAGGAUAUAAAAGCAAUCCUGCAACUAAUGACUGGCUACCAAAAAUUGGUAGUGAUGAUCAUCUGAUCUUCAAAUCCCAGAAGCUCAAUCGAAGUGAAGCUUAAUAGUUCAUGUAAUGUGAUUGCCUCCUAAUAACCUUGAUUGAAUCGUGCGGCCACAUUAUUCUCCUCCAAACGAAGAUUCGAAUUUUUGACUUUUAGACUGACGGAUGAAUAAUAUCUUAAUGAGCUCAAAUUUAUGAGGAACCGCAGAAUAUGGUUAUUUCAAAUGACUGCUUAAACUAUGUUUGUACAAGUCAAUGAACCAAUCUUUUCAUAUUAUGUGAGCUAAGAGUAAUCUAAUACUUAUUGAAAGUAAUGAAAAAAGUUCUCAUAACUGUAUGCUCGUUUAUAAUAUUCAUACUGA